CCCGUGCUCAAGUCCUGGACACGCAAUCAGCUGCUGAAGUCAUGUCUUUGAAAUUAACCACAGCCGUUCUAGUCACCGCUUGCCUUAUGGCGUGUGUUGACAUAGCGAGAUCAGACGACGAUGAAACCCUUAUUAGGAGUUGGUGCCCCUCACGAUGCCCCUCGACGCCCAGGCCAGUGUGUGGCAGUGAUGGCGUCACGUACACCAACGCCUGCCAGCUACAGGCCACCAGCUGCCAGAGGUGGUUGCUGAAGUGGGUUGUCGUGGCCUACCCCGGCCCGUGUGUCGGAACAACCCCGGCUGGCCUGGAGGCUAAUCCACCAACAGAUGCCCCGACAAAUCCACCAACUGAUGCCCCGACUAAUCCACCAACAGAUGCCCCGACAAAUCCACCAACAGAUGCCCCGACUAAUCCACCAACAGAUGCCCCGACUAAUCCACCAACUGAUGCCUCGACUAAUCCACCAACUGAUGCCCCGACUAAUCCACCAACUAAUGCCCCGACUAAUCCACCAACUGAUGCCCCGACUAAUCCACCAACUGAUGUCCCGACUAAUCCACCAACAGAUACCACAUCUAAUCCAUAAUCAGAUCUGUUGAAAAUCUUAUCGGUGAAUCCAAGUAUCCUUGGCAUUAUAUCAACUACCAAAUACUAAUAAAA